UUCCGGCCAGCCGCAUCCAAAACAUUGCAGUCUGCUAUUUCGCUACACAUGGCCGGACGCUGCUUUCGCCGAUGAGCAAUCAGCAGAGAUGAGCAGCUCAUCCUUUCAAGCCGUGACGACCACUUUCCGCAAGGCGUUCGAUGUGAAGCUGAAGGACAUAGCGAAAUGGUUUCCCACGCACAUGUACACUGGCAUGAAAGACAUGCAGCGCAAGCUCAAGUCAGUGGAUUGUGUCCUGGAACUUCACGAUGCUCGGGUUCCACUUACCGGCAGGAACCCUAACUUUCUGUCCAUGCUGGCGGCCAUCAAGCCGCACGUGUUGCUUCUCAACAAGGCUGACCUGGCUGAUCCCGCCUGCAAGGCCACUGCCGUCCAGCAGCUCCAUGACCAGGGCACGCAAAACGUCCUCCACAUCCGCAGCACGGAGCCGUAUCGCAACGUUGACAAGAUUGUGCCCUUGGUUGCAGACCUGAUUCAGCAGUCGGAGCGCUACAACCGACAAGAGGCGUACGACUACAACAUUAUGGUGAUUGGCAUCCCCAACGUGGGCAAGUCAUCUCUCAUCAAUGCCCUCCGGAAAAUGCACCUGGGCAGGGCUGGUAAGGCCACGCGUGUUGGUGCCACAGCCGGUGUCACAAUGAGUGUCUUGCAACGCAUUAAGAUCAGCGAGGACCCAUUGAUGUACUUGCUGGACACACCCGGCAUCCUGAGUCCUGCCACAAACGACCCCCAUACGGCGCUGCAGUUGGCACUGUGCGGCUGCAUGCUGGAUCACGUGGUUGGCCACAUCCUAAUGGCCGACUACCUGCUCUUCUGGCUCAACCAGCAGCACAAUUACAGUUACGUCGACUACUUGGGACUGGAUGGGCCGUCUGAUGACAUCAGACUAGUCCUUUUCAAGACAGCGGUCAACAUGCAUGCUGUCAACAAGGUUCGCACUUAUGAAGGCUGGAGCCUGCGUCCCAACCUGGAGACAGCAGCGGUUAACUUCAUCCAGGGCUUUCGGCGGGGCUUUCUGGGCAAGAUCACAUUCCUGCCGGAUUUAGGAAAUAGCAACCCACAUGCUGCAAAGCAGCCAAAUGCAGUGUAGCAGCCUAGCUAGGUGUGAACUCGAGGCCACCACGCAUCGCAGAUUCUUUCUCGUGCGCGUCACUGCAUAACACGAGGUCCCCUUCACGCUGGUACAGGGGACACAAUAACUGUGCUCCAGAUUGCGGAGGUGAUGUUUAUCUGCGGUGUUCAUCUUUACUGGAAACAUGAGAGUAGAUAUACUGGCUGUGCUUUUGAUAAAGAUAGCACUCUGGAAGUGACGAGCCCAUCACUGUGCAUGCGACAACUCGUGCUUAGUAGGAGACUGUGUUCCGAGCGUGCAACUGCUUGCCAACGUCACCUGCUGCAAUCUUGGACCUACCUCUCGUGCUCCACCCAAGCGUGAUUGGGUGUCACCCACCUGGUGAAGUGCUUUCGUGCUGUCGAGCAAGGCUGAGCAGCUCUGGCAAGUCAGACCUGGUGCUGAAGUUUCACACAAAGAUGACUACGGUGGAUGUUUAAAAUAUAGAGGACACCAAAUGCUGGCA